CGGAGGCGGGAUCUGUCGGGAUGCGGAGCGGAAGCGCCCGGCGGAGGCUCUCCUGCGUUGGCGGGGCCGCAGCUCUCCUCCCGCGGCUGUGCCCCUGCCUUCCGCCUCCGCCCGGAGCCUGUCCCGGGAUUGGAUCGGGCCAGCCAGGGCCCUAAGAGGACCCUCCGCCCCCAGGAUGCUCUCCCCGCGGGACCGAGGCGGGGAAGUGGCCCGCUUCUACACGGUCACGGAGCCCAAGCGCCACCCGAGAGGCUAUACCCUCUAUAAGGUCACCGCCCGGAUUGUUUCACGGAAAAACCCAGAAGAUGUCCAGGAGAUAGUCGUUUGGAAGAGAUACAGUGACUUUAAGAAAUUGCACAAAGAACUCUGGCAGAUUCAUAAACACUUAUUCAGGCAUACAGAAUUGUUUCCGCCUUUUGCUAAAGCAAUAGUAUUUGGGCGAUUUGAAGAGAGCGUGAUUGAAGAGAGAAGACAGUGCGCAGAAGAUUUGCUUCAGUUUUCUGCCAACAUCCCAGCACUCUAUAACAGCAAACAGCUUGAAGAUUUCUUUAAGGAUGGAGAAGUACAUGAUGGAUCUGAGCUGAUUGGCCCGGCAGAACCUCUUUUGGAUUCCUUGACUGACAGCUUAUCUAUCUGCAGUUCUGAAGCACGGAAAGAUGUUGGCGUCCUUGAUGAUGUGACACUUAGCCAAUCAGAAUAUGGAGGUUUCUCUAGCGACAGUGACUUGAUUUCUUUGACUGUGGAUGUGGACUCUCUUGCUGAGUUAGAUGAUGGAAUGGCAUCUAACCAGAAUUCUCCAAGUCGAUCUCUUGGUCUCGGCUUUACCACUGAUCCUCCAGUACAGGCUUCUGCCAUUUCGGAUCAUGAAUGGAGCAAACCUGAUGGCGAGAGGGAAAGCCGUGGUCUGUUUACGGGGAGUUUAAAGGCCAGGCUUGGCAGGCGAGACUACUUGGAUAAAGCAGGGGAGCUAAUAAAGCUGGCCUUGAAGAAGGAGGAAGAGGAAGAUUAUGAGGCAGCUUAUAGUUUUUAUAGGAAAGGAGUGGAUCUGCUCCUGGAAGGGGUUCAAGGAGAAUCAAGUCCAACUCGUCGUGAAGCAGUGAAAAGGAAAACUUCAGAAUACUUGAUGAGAGCAGAAAAAAUUUCCAGCCUGUAUUGUAGACCUUCAUCAGAAGAUGGUUCAACAUCUGGGCCUCCAGGAUCACUAAGUUCAAGGCCUUCUUGGAACCUAAGGAGCCCUGCCGAGGAACUGAAGGCCUUUAGAGUCCUUGGGGUGAUUGACAAGGUUUUACUUGUAAUGGACACCAGAACUCAGCAGACGUUUAUACUUAAGGGUCUAAGGAAAAGUAGCGAGUACAGCAGGAAGAGAAAGACCAUCAUCCCCCGCUGCGUGCCCAACAUGGUGGCUCUGCACAAGUACAUCAUCUCGGAGGAAUCGGUGUUCCUUGUGCUGCACCACGCCGAAGGAGGCAAACUUUGGUCUUAUAUCAGUAAGUUUUUGAACAGGAGCCCUGAAGAAAGCUUUGAAGUCCCUCCAUCUAGAAGAUCCAGCUCUACUAAAAUACAUUUGCAUCAGGCAACCCCUAGUCCUGAAGAUGGUAGAGUUAGUAUGGAUUCUAGAGGAAGCAUUGAUGGGAGCAUGCUGAAGGUUUUACCAUUGAAGACCAGUCUCAGUCCAAGUUCUCAUGAUGGUAGUAGUAACCAUGAAGAUGGCCAGGAAAGUUCUCCCAGGUGGAUUGAUUCUGGGUCCAGUUCAGAGGAAGAAUGCACUACAAGUUACUUAACAUUAUGCAAUGAAUAUGGUCAAGAAAAGGUUGAUCCUGGCUCCUUAAAUGAGGAGUCCGUUAUGAAAGCAGGUGAUGGCAUUCCCAAAGAGCCAGAAGGCAACCAGGCACAUGGUGUUGUUGUUAGUGGGAAUUUGGGAUCAGCAUUCACAUCUCAGGAAGUAAACAUUUUCGCUGAUGAUGCUGAUCCAGAAAGAGCUAGUCCUACUAGGAUAUCAGAAUCGCUAAGUAAAUCUAAGAACAGCCCCAUGGAAUUAUUCAGAAUUGACAGCAAAGACAGUACCACUGAACUUCUGGGGCUUGAUUUUGGAGAUAAGCUUUACAGUUUAAAAUCAGAAUCGUUAAAACAGUAUUUGUUCAUGCCAGAUCGCGAUAAGGGCCUUGAUGCCAUAGAAAACAAAUUGGGCCCUGCAUGUCAGGAUACGAUCAGCAGAGGUUCAAACGAUUCUGUGCCAGUGAUCUCUUUUAAGGAUGUAGCCUUUGAUGAUGUCAGUAGUGUGGAUGAAGGAAGACCUGAUCUUCUGGUGAAUCUUCCAGGCAUAAUGGAGCCAGUGAAAGAAGCUACAUUGGAUGGUCCUGCCAAGCAGAUGGAGCAGAAUGGAGAUGUUUUGGACAGCAAACUUUUGGAAACCCCAGAUGUCUUGCAGCUGAACAAAAGUGCAGAGCCAAGUACAGUGCCUGAGCAAAAGGUAGACCAUUUGACUGGAGAAGCAAGAGAGAAGCGUAAUGACAACCAGAAAGUAAUCAGGACAUUCCACAUGGCUGCUAGUGAUCCACCUGGUAGUGGUGACAGGACUCCUUUUCCAGGGCCUGGAACAGGAGCAUCUUCAUCAUUAGAUACAUUCAACAGGGAAGACAACUGGUUGAUGCAAGCGGGAGCUAAAGAAUAUAAGACUGAUAUAAACAAUGAAGCUGUGCUGCUGUUUUCUGAUCAUAUGGAUGACUUAAGGAAAGAGGGAACGGUCUCAUCUUUGUUGCAAAAAGCAGAAAGCAAACAGUCAGAUGUCGGGGUCAGAGGAGAGAGUGAAAUACACCAAAUUUUUCAAGACCUCGAUGAGAGAUUAGCACUAACCUCCAGGUUUUACCUCCCAGAGGACUGUGUUCAAAGAUGGGCAGCUGAAAUGGUUGUAGCCCUUGAUGCCUUGCAUCGAGAAGGAAUUGUGUGCCGUGAUUUGAACCCAAACAACAUCUUAUUGAAUGAUCGAGGACACAUUCAGCUAACGUAUUUUAGCAGGUGGAGUGAGGUUGAAGAUUCCUGUGACAACGAUGCCAUAGAGAGAAUGUACUGUGCCCCAGAAGUUGGUGUUGUCUUUGAAGAAACGGAAGCUUGUGACUGGUGGAGUCUGGGUGCCCUUCUCUUUGAACUUAUUACUGGGAGGACCUUGGUGGAGUGCCACCCAGCAGGAAUCAAUACCCAUACCUGUUUGAAUUUGCCAGAUCACAUCUCAGAAGAGGCCAGAUCGCUUCUUCAGCAGCUUUUGCAGUUCAAUUCUGGAGAGCGUCUUGGUGCUGGAAUUGCUGGAGUUGACGACAUCAAAUCUCAUCCGUUUUUUGCCCUCAUCGACUGGGCGGAGUUAACAAAGUGAAACAUCUCAUGAAACUUCUGCCUGUGCUUCUGGCUUCUGACAAAGAACCAUUUUUUGGCUUGCUGCCACUGUAAAAGCCUUUAGAUGUCUUAGGCGAGGCUGAAUAAAAUUGAAAAUUGGGAUGAUUACACCAGAAAAGAGAGGACUGUUUUAACCAGAAUGAAUGACUUGGCAAAGGUCGGGUGUGAUCUGCACUACUGAGCACUAAAAUCAGUCUUCUUGGAGGCUGAAAAGAAAUGGGAGAAAGAUUACAAGUCUAGAACAUUGCACCCCGUCUGUCCUUCUGCAACGUUGCAUCCCAUUUUCUGCAGUGUUUUGGAAACAAGUAGUGUCGUGGUGUCAUACAUUUUCUUACCCCAUUAGCAUUACUGACAAACACUUGGGGUUAAGAUGGAGAAGGUGUGACAAGCAGGAGAUCAACACAAGAGUAAAGUUUGGGCAGCAGAACUGAACUUGUGAUCACAUUUAGUUCCUUUAAGGAAAAUUGUGUAAAACACAUGAGCUCCUUAGGUUUACUUAUUUUUAAAUUGAUGAUAGUGUGGAACUCCAGUUGUACAUGCCAGUACCUGUUGUAUAUACCAGUUAAGAGUAGUCCUUUUUUAUAGCCUCAAUAUCCUUCUUCCCUUAGCUAGGUAAAGCUGAGAUGGGUAGAAAGUUGUGUAAUGGGCAAAGAAUAAAGUAUUAAUAACACACGCUAAAUAAAAUACCUUGGUGCUUCUGCAAUACUUGACGUGUAGAUACACAUGUAUAUUUCCAUGUGGGGAUGAAAUAAAAACUGUCUCAUAGUAUCAUGCAAUGUAACAUCAAAUUGGUUGCAUAUCAUCUGCCAAAAGGUUGAAGAGAGUAAUCCUUCUAUUGUUAUCUUGCGCUUUAUUGGUUGGCAAUGUUUUUAAAGCACUAACUCUUUAAUCUCAAGUGAAUAUUGUGUUUCAAGUCACUACAAGGCAGGAAGUCUUUUGUCUCAGCCAGAUCAUGAUUGCUUUAAGUAAUGCAACUUGGACCAAGGAAGUUGAAUGCAGAAUAAACAUAUGUAGAUAUAAUUCUUUAAAACAAGAACCAUGUUGAGCUGCCACCUUUUGGUUUACCUGACAUGGUUAGGCUGAAACUCUCACUGGUUGUAAAGUUAUUGUACAACAGCACCUGGAAGACUGCAUAUUCCCCAUUUGUGGUGUAAGACAUUUUAGGUUUGAUCUGUACACGCAGAUAAAUCAGCUGGUACAGAGAUUUUGAGUGUAGAUUUGCAGGUGAUGACGUUGAACAUUUUGGAUGGUUUCCCAAAUGAAAUACUCUUUGGCCAUAAAAACCCUGCCAUAUAUCAGUCAGGGGAAGGCAGUGUGGUUUAGUGGUUUCAGUACUGGACUAGGGCUCUGGGAGACCAUGGUCCAUAUCUCUCCCCCUUAGCCAUAGAAAUGCAUGGGGAAAUAUUGCACAGUUCACACUCUCUGAACCUUUGUGGAAGGCAACACAAAUCUCCUCUGAAUAAGUCUUGCCAAGAAAACUCUGUCAUUGAGUUUCCUUAAGUCUGAGUUGACCCGAAGACAGAAAACAGUAACAGUCAAGCAGGGAGAAUAUUGAUCAGCAUUUUCCCUGCCUUCCUUCCUUUCUAGUGGACAAGCAAUUCUUAUGGUUUUUUUCUUUUGUCUUACUUUGUGGUUAUGUGCGGAAAGUUCCACCUGCACUCUGAAAUUCUGUAGGUAUGAGAACUCAGUAGUUCCUGAUUUUAUUUGCAUGUGGGGAUGGGUACUUGUUUUUGAAAAUGUCAUUUUGUCUGUUCCCAAAUUCCAUGUCAUUCGGUUUCUUUGUUGAGACAGUAACUUUAUAUGUUGUUUUAGUAUUGUGUAUCCCUCCUAAGGAGGAGACAGCCUCCAAAUAAAUCUGUUUAAUUGAAGGAGAGGUGUCCUAUAUUAAAUUGGCCUACUAAGACACAUUUGGAAAUGUUUCACAAGAAGUCGUGCUAAACCCAGAACUUGGGGAAAUUGCUCAUUUGGACUGCAACUCCCAGAAUCCUGCAGUUAUCUUAGCUAAAAUUAAAAUACACUACUUGUCAUCAGCAAAAUACCACAAUGGAAACAAAUGGGGUUUCUACAAGAAGAAGGCUGCACUUUCCUUGGAAGCUGCCAAUCCUUUUGAAUUGAGUUACCAAGAACUUGUUUCAGGUGGAUUACGCCCACAGACUGCUCUCCUCCUCAUCUAUUGCAAUUAUGGUAGUUGUGCCACCAGAACUUAAGAACAUGUUGGUAACUUUGCUGUUGAGGGGUGUGGGAAAAACUCGAACACUUCUCUGGAUGGCCAUGUGUCGGGAAUGCUUUGAUUGUGUAUUCCUUGCAUGGCAGUCUGGGUUUGGACUUGAUGGCCCUUGGGAUCUCUCCCAACUCUGUGAUUCUAUGACUCCAGUUUGGGAGAGGGUAGUUAGAUAUCCCAUUAUGAUAUUUGCAUUAAAAAAUAAAGAUAUUUUCUUUUUAAAA